GUGGAGUUGUCAAUGAUGAUGCGGCUGUGCCAUUCCAGGAUGGCGUCGUCGCUGGCGCCGCGUCAGAGCGGCUCAAAUCACUGUCAAUGGUUCGAGAAGAUCAAGGUUUCGAUUGAGGAAAGCCAUGGCAUUCGUGGAGGCAACUACGUGCAGCUUGCCACGGUGGACUCGGAUGGACUCCCACACUGCCGUACUGUCGUGUUUCGAGGGUUCUUCGACAUGCCGUCAGGAGAUCUCGCCAUGAAAAUGAUCACAGAUUCCCGUAGUGACAAAGUUCACCAAAUCCAACACAGUCCUUUCUGCGAAAUGGUUUGGUGGUUCUCCCAAACGUCCGAGCAAUACCGAAUUGCAGGACACUUGGAGGUCGUACCAAGCGACGCAGAUGGCGCGCUGUUGUUGGCAAGAACCGAACAGUGGAAUGCAUUGAGUGAUGCAGCCAAGGCACAGUUCUACUGGCCACACCCAGGUGUGUACGAUCCACACGUCGCUUCCCGGGACACCAAUGCAGUCGAAGAUGGAGGUCCUCCUACGUCAUUUUUGCUUGUGCUGCUGCAUCCAACCAUGGUCAAGUACCUUCGCCUCACGGACAACGCUACCCUCAAUGAAGUGUACCUACCAAGCACACGGACUUGGGAGCGUCUUUCGUACAUGUAGUCACGGUUCUUCGAGGAAACCCCGUCAGGGCGGCAAGUUGAAAGUGGAGCCAUCCAACACAUCUAGAUUUUUCAGGAGGUGGCCAGUAAAUUAAGGGGACACUUGACAAAUUACGCCAAGCGUCGCUUCUUGCGCGCCAUAAUCAUCUCCAAUGCCAACGCCUCCCGUCCCUUCAUACGGCGGUCCUUCUCCUCUUCC